AAGAGAGUAAAAAAGACCAAAAUGGACAAAUCUAUCAAGGUCGUUAAGAGGCGGUCUACCAAGGUUCCGAUGGCCAAGACUCAAUCGGCCAGGUCGAGUCCUGGUGCCCAAACAAAGAGCCGGAGCAAUGAGGGUACCAACGUCAACGGGAACGGACUCUCCAAGAGGAAAAAGACGACUUCGUCAAGUCCACGGCCGAGGGACGGCGCUGUUGCUCUUUCAGAGACGGUAGACGAGAAGCAACUUUUAAAAGACGACAUUCAGAAUGCACCAGUGUACAACGACGACAUGCUGCGGGAGCUUGAGGAACGGGGAGACGCCGACAGCAUAUGCGAGGAUAUUAUCGGAUCCAGCAUUGAGGACCAGUUCUUUCCUGAUAUCGAGGGAGCAUGCACACAUAGCGAGUCUAUGCAACUGCGCCGCCUACUUCGCAAAGUUGGGCCUCUCGAGUUUCUUAGAAGAACACUGGACUCGGGUGUCUUCACGGCCGAGAAGCUGCUGACGGCGUUCAGCGUACGUCCGCCGGAUUUUCUUCAGGGACGCCCGGACGAGGACUAUUUGCCAUUCUUGAGCCUGGCGAUGACCCGCGAGCUGCAGAAGCGUGCCAAGCUAGAGCAGUACAACAGUUUCGACGACGCUGUGAACCUGAUCAAGCGGUCCAAGAACAUCAUCGUUCUUACCGGGGCGGGUAUCUCGACCUCUCUCGGAAUCCCCGACUUUCGCUCAAAGAACAUCGGUCUGUAUUCGAUGUUGGGCGACCUUGGUCUAGACGACCCGCAGCAGGUCUUCGACCUGAGCCUCUUUCACGAGGACCCCAGCAUAUUUUACUCAAUCGCCCGCAAGGUCCUUCCUAACCACGAGCGCUGCUCGCCGACGCAUGCAUUCAUCGCAAUGCUGCAGGAGAAGGGGAAGCUCCUGACCAACUAUACGCAAAACAUCGACAACAUUGAGGAGACGGCUGGCAUCGACCCUGAGAGACUCGUGCAAUGCCACGGCUCGUGGUCAACCGCCACGUGCAUCCGCUGCGGCCACAAGGUUCCUGGUAAGACCAUCUUCCCUGUCGUCGAGGCAGGUGGUAUUCCUCGCUGCGAGAAGUGUGCCGCCACCUCUACCUCUGCCAGGACCAGCAGUAGUACCCAGGCAAAAAUCAGCUCGUCGAGGUCGCGCCAGGCAUCCAAAAGCCGCAAGCGCAAGACGAGUCAUGAUGACGACGACAGCGAUGGCACAUACAGCGGCGGCCCUGUAUCCUCUACAGCGACGCCGGGUAGGGCACUGCGCACAUCGGCAAGACACAGCAAUGGCGCGCCGGGUCCGGAGAUCGACGCCUCGCGCCGCCCUGUGGCCAAGGGAGAGGGUAUCAUGAAGCCCGAUAUCACAUUCUUUGGCGAGGCGUUGCCCCGGCGGUUUGGGCAGCGGCUUCUCGGCCACGACCGGGACCUUGUUGACCUGGUCAUCGUCAUCGGCACAUCGCUCAAGGUCAAGCCUGUGUCAGAGCUCGUGCCCGUGCUGCCGGCCAACGUGCCGCAGAUCUAUAUCAGCCGGGAUCCAGUAUCACACGUCCAUUUCGACAUUGACCUACUAGGUGACUGUGACGUUGUCGUUGCCGAGCUGUGCCGUCGUGCCGGUUGGAACCUCGACCAUGAGAUGAUACCCGAAAACCAGGAGGUGGAGACGGAGCUGGUUGAGGGCUACUGGAGUAGACAUUACGUCCGGGCCGUGAAGAAGAAGUGA